UGUUACUAGUUCACCAACUUGCUAAAUAGCUAGCUGUUUGUUUUUAAAAUAUGAAAUGAGCUCCAAAGAACCGUAUUUACAUGAAUGUAACUAAUCUAUUUGGGGAUUAGUUUGUAUCUGCACGUCACCCUGCUUCGGUGCUGUCUUUGCCGAUCUGUGGUGGAUGUGAUUGACACAAGACGCCAUGGAGGUAGGGACAGUUGUGCUGGCAGACAUGGAGUUCCGUGGGGUGGAGUUUUCUGUGCGGGUCGAGCUUGAGGAGGAGCUGCUCCUUGUGGAAAUUACGGAUUCUGUGACCGCUGACCAGUGGAGGGGGGAGUUUGACCCUGCCUACAUUGAGGACCUCACUCGCAAGACUGGCAACUUCAAGCAGUUCCCGAUCUUCUGCAAUAUGCUGGAGUCUGCAGUUAAUAAGACCAGUGAGGCUGUGUCCCUUGACCUCUUGACCUAUGCUGACCUGGAACUUCUACGCAACCGCAAGGCAGGGGUGGUUGGCAGACCCCGCCUCCAGCCACAGUCCCCCGCCCUCAGCGCUAAGCGAUACCUCAUCCUCAUCUACACAGUGGAGUUUGACAGAAUACACUACCCCUUGCCCCUGCCUUACCAGGGCAAACCAGACCCAGCGGCCCUACAGAGAGAGAUCAGGGCCCUGAGGGCGGAGCUGAGUGCGCUCGGAGGCCAGGGAGGCCACAAACAUACCGACUCUGAGACCCGAAAACUACGUGCCGAGCUGGCCUUGGUGAGGGAGGAGAAGGAGGCCUUGGCCAAGGCUCUGGAGAGGUUGCAAGGGGCUGGAGUGGGCUGCACCCCAGCUGGAGCUGUGCGGGCGCUCCGGGACGUGGUCCAGAGGCUGGAGGAGCAGCUGCUGAGGGAGAGGGCCAAGAGCCAGCGCUCAGCUAACAAGAGGGGGCAGGAGCAGCGCCUCCUGUUGGAGCAGCUGGAGGAGCUGAAGGCAUCAGAGAGGGCCCUUCGGAUUCGCGUGAAGAGUCUGACCAAUGAGCUUGCGUCACUGCGACGAGGGACGACCCCCAUGCUGUCCGGCCGGAGCAGCUCCAGAGGGGACGUGGAGGUUCGCCGCUCGGUGUCCCGGGAGCGCGGGGUGGCGAGGGCACGCUCAGGGUCCCGGGAGAGGAUGGAGGACAGGGGCAGGAUGCUGGAGGGGCGGGGAAGGAGGGCGGACUCCUCGGGGUCUCGCCCCCGCGUCCCCAGACCCUCCCCCUCACCCACAGGAGCCCGUGGGCAGCGGUUCGACCCCACAGCCUACAUCCAGGACCGGCAGCGCAGGCAGAAAGAGGCAGAUCUGAAAAACCAAAGGAAAAUAAGGAGGGAUAUGAUGGCCUCGCCCCCUGUUUUGGAGAGGGGACGGUCCCGCUCCAGAGAGUCACGCCCCCAACAAGCCAGAAUAGGCAGUGCAGGGAGAGGGAGGAGCAUUUCUGUGGAGAGUAGGAGGAGCCGGCGAUCUUCUGACAGCUCAAUGGCUGAGCUGGAAGAGCUGGCCAAGCCCCUCCCUUCCAGAGGCAGAAAGCCCUCCUGGAGCAGCCCUGCCAUGCCCAGAGCUCGGCUCCCAGCCAAGAAGCCCCUUUGUAGCACUCCGACGCGCAGGGGGAGAGCCACAGAGAAAGAGAGCUCGUUAGAUGGGGCUGCUGACCUGUCGGAGAUCGACGCCCGGCUGCAGGCGCUGCAGGACUACAUGAGAGACCUGGACACUGGCCGUUAGAGGGACACACCUGGACCAGACGCCCCUGGGGAUGUACCUGUGCUUAGUGCCCUGCGCAGACUGAUGGCACACACACAGGGACCUGAGAUUCUUGCAGGAUCUUGCACACGCACACACACGUGCAUGCAUACGCACACAUACACAAACACAACAGGUCUCUUACAGUAUCCUGUAUACAAACAUACACGCACCCACAUACCUGCACGCAUAUAAAAGCUUGUACACACCUGCACUGGAUACCUGUUCUUACUCUCUGCUCCCUGGGGCUGCAGCAGGAAGUCAGAUCUGAACACUGUGAGACAGAGGUGGAGAGAAGGACAGGGGGCGCCAAGGAAGGGUCCAAGAGGCACAUUUGCCACACGUGUGAUUGGGAAUGGACGUUAAUUUAUUCUGUGUGUAACAGGUUUUUCA